AAUGGCCACUCGGCCAACAAGAUCAAGUACGACUGCCAGUUCCGCGUGGUGACCAGCGACCGUACACCGCGCGGCAUUUACACACUCAUCACCAGGCUCAAGUUCCGGCGGGAUCCUGUCUCGAAAAAGUGCAUCGACUACAUACAGUUUACCGGCGGCAAUCGGUCGCCCAGUGAACGCAUUUGUCAUAACAUCGCCAUCAAUGGCCCGGCCGGGCGACUGAUCUUCGAUGAGCGGGAUCGGGAAGUGAACGUUCACAUCUACAUCGACAGAUCGCGCCACAUUCUGGGCGAUCAGCUGGAGCUGAGCAUGGUGCUGACAGCCCACUCCGAGUGCCAGUUCAACGGUGACUUUCUGUGCGAUCCCAACGACCAAUACUCGUGCAUAUCGCGGCAUUUUGUGCGGGACAACGUCACCAACUGCUUGUAUCCGUGUAGGGAUGAAGGAACGUGCUUCCACGACGCCAUCGUGCCGGAGGAGAUAGACACAGCCAAUGACUAACUAUAAAGCACGAUCUGGUCUGUUUGAAACGCCUCGCAUCGCCCGAAUUUUAAGAAGAAUUAAAAUAAAUGAAUGGAAAAGACGUAA